AUGGAUCACUGCAAAGCCCGACUCCACACAUCGGCAAUUACGGACGAGGUUUUGUUCGCGACAAACAAUCAUACGCACGGGAGUGAUACUGCAGGAAUCGCCGUGGAAAAAAUAAAAAACCAAUUAAAAAAACGAGCUGUGGAAAGUGUUGAGACUCCAGCACAAUUAUUGUCUACGGCACUGGCAGGAACAUCGACUGCAGUUCAAGGGCAGAUACGUCCCGAUGCCAUGCGCAAAAUUGUGCAGCGUAAAAGGCGCAAUUUUCAACGUGUACCACCGUGUCCACUCGACCUUAAGUCUCUCGUUUUGCCGGAAUCAUACACGCAGUAUCGGAUAUCGGACGACGAAACAAUUUUAUUUCUUUUGGGCGAUACCGGAAAUGACGAUGAGAGUCGAAUUUUACUAUUCGGUCGAGAAGAUGCCAAAGAAUGGAGCCAUUUGAUGAAGAAAAUUUAUAUCGAUGGCACUUUCAAACUGGCCCCUCCAUUGUUUGAGCAAGUGUUCGUUAUCCUGGUCGAACGUGAAAGAUUUGUAUUUCCCGUUCUAUAUGCUCUUCUGCCCAAUAAAAGAGAAACGACGUAUUGUUCUCUCUUCCGUCUGAUUAAAACGGUUUGGCCUAAUUUCGAGCCGGAAAGUGUCUCGGUUGACUAUGAGAUGGCCAUCAUCAAUGCCGUUACGGAACACUUCCCAACUGCGGCAAUUCGGGGUUGCCUUUUUCACUUGGCGCAAAACAUAAAAAGAAAGCUGGGCAGAGAACACUUGCUGGCGCAAUAA